GCUUUAAAAAAAAAAAAAAACAGAACAAAAAAAACUAGAAAUAGAGAGAGAAUAAAUAAUAGGAAUCCGAAAACCCAAAGCAAGGAGGAAGAGAGGGCCAUCGGAGUCAACAAUCGGUAACCCUAGCGAGUUUUAGAAGGCCUUAAUGGGAAAGAAGAAGAAGAGGGUUGCCUCGAAGGUGUGGUGCUACUACUGCGAUAGAGAGUUCGACGACGAGAAGAUAUUGGUUCAGCACCAGAAAGCUAAGCACUUUAAGUGUCAUGUCUGUCACAAGAAACUCUCUACUGCCAGUGGUAUGGCCAUUCACGUCCUCCAGGUCCACAAGGAGAGCGUCACCAAGGUUCCCAAUGCAAAAUCAGGGAGAGAAUCUACAGAAAUUGAAAUAUAUGGUAUGCAAGGAAUUCCUGAUGACGUCUUGGCUGCACAUUAUGGUGAAGAAGAUGAAGAUGCUCCAUCAAAAGUGGCAAAAGGGGAUGUUUUAUCAACACCAUUGGGUUCAAUAGUGCCUGCAUCAAUGGGCAUUGCAUAUCCUCCUCAACCUGCUUUAGGGGCGAUGCCACCAAUGUACAACUCUUCAGUACCAGUGCCUCCUAAUGCUUGGCCUAAUCCUCAUCGUAUCCAGCAUUGGUAUCCACAAUCUCCAGCAGUUUCAAUGCCUCAGUCUGCUCCAUUGGUGGGGUAUGCUCAGCAGCCAUUGUUUCCAGUACAGAAUGUGAGGCCUCCUAUGCCAUCAUCUGCACCACCUUCACUCCAGCCUGUGCAGAUGACUCCUGGAAUGCCCACAUCAGCUCCUCCUAUUACUGUAUCACAGCCCUUAUUUCCUGUUGGUGGCAAUAACAAUUUACCUGCCCAAAAUUUGACAUUUUCUACUCAGGUGCUUUCAACAAGCAUCCCUCCAGGCUCAACAGUAGAUAAUAGAGCCUUGUUAGAUGCACAUUCAGGUGAGUUAAUCAAUUCACACUCGUAUGCCUCGGGUCCAAAUACUGGUGGUCCUUCAAUUGGACCUCCUCCUGUCAUUACAAAUAAAACCUCUGCAACCCAGCCAGCCACUAAUGAGGUCUAUUUGGUUUGGGAUGAUGAAGCUAUGUCCAUGGAGGAAAGAAGAAUGUCUUUAAGCAAGUAUCAGGUGCAUGAUGAAACUAGCCAGGUAAGUGAUACUACCUCUUCAUUUAAUGGAGUUUGGAUUGCUCUAACCACAUGGGUAGGCUUUUAUGUUUCAUGUUUUCAGAUUCAGUUGUUUACACAUUGUUUCCUGUUAUAGAGGUACUGAUGUAUGGAUUUAUAUUUUUACUUAUUUUUAAAAUUAAAAGAAAAUGAAAGAACACACUUAGCAAAAAAAAAAAAAAAGCAUUAAGUUGUCCAUCUUUCUGCUACCAACCUAAUUGGUUGAUAGGCAUGCUGUUACAUUUUAAACUGUCAUGAUCCUGUUUCUACGCAAUGCCAACCAAUCUUGUGGGCACCAAAAGAUUCAAGUAGGUAUUCAUGCUACUUUUAUGUUAGUGAUUAUGUUGUUUGAUGGGCUUCCCUGCAAUAUCUACCCGAGCAUUCUUUUACCUAAGCUUUGUACUCAGUACAUAACAUAGUAGCUCAUGUAAAAUUUGAGUGUAUUUCUUGUUAUUCAUUUUCCCAAUACUCAACUUUAAAUGAAGCAUGGGGGUUUGAUUGGAAGUAAAACAUAAUCAAACCUGACAGAUUUUUGCUCAUUCAUAGCAUGAUUGCUAUUUAUUUUAUGACCGAACAGUGAUUCAACUUGGCCCAGGUCAGCUUCUUUCACUAGUUUGGCAUCUCUAGCAUAGGAACAAGAUCGAUAUUGUAUAUAUAUAUCUGGAUUGCCUCAUGUUAUAUGUCUUAAAGCCACUGCUUAUCAUUUCCUGAUGUGGAUUUAUGUUUCAGAUGAGCUCAAUUGAUGCUGCCAUUGAUAGAAGGAUAUCAGAAAGCAGGCUUGCAGGUAGAAUGGCAUUUUAGAUCAGAGUGAGGCUUCAAUUGAUGCAUGUUUUUGACAGUUUUGAGGACGCAGUGGGUUCGGGUAUUACAUUAUCAAAGUUCAUUAAAUAGCAAACCAGGUGACUGCCACUAAAAGCCUUAAAGUCAAGCAAGUAACAUUCCUGCUGUAUUUUUUGGCCAAGAGUGAAUUGAAGGGCGGCUCACUUAUUUAAUUCAAAAUUCAUGGAUUCUUAACCCUUAACUUUGUAGGUUAUGUAUCCCAUUUUCUUGGUUUCAUCCAUUUAGCUGUAUUAAUACAUUUGGGUUAGGCUUUUCAAUUAUAUGCGAUUUUUCAUUGAUAUAAAUAUAUUUAUUUAACCAAAA